UUUUCCAGCUUUGUGACUUGUAAAAAGAAAAGGUUAUGUGAAGAUCCUUAAUUUGUUCAUGGUCGUCCGCCUAUUAAAUCAUACAGGCUCUGUACAGCAGUAUAACUAAGAAGUUGGUCCACAUCUGUAACAUUCACGACCACCGAGGCUUUUCCCGUUAGGUCAGCUACACGAAUAAUUUUACACCAUUUUAUUUUGUUAUGAACUGUUAUCUCCAUACUUAAAUAAUGGAAUCUUUUGAAGAAAAUCCGCCAACGAAAGCAACAAUAAGCCUUAUUUCAUUAAGUGAGUUGGCUACAGGAAUCUUUAAUGCCAUGUCUUCUGAAGGAUCUAGGUUCUCCAUAUCUUUCUUAUCCUGUUGUAAAAAGGAUCCAAACGUUAUUUGCGAUUUGUUUGUCACCACUUUAUAUAUCCACAAAUGAAAGCAAGCUUUUGGCCUUUUCUUUGCAAUUCUCCAGUGGUUUUAUUUUGGUCCAAAAAGAGUUGAGGCUGCUAUCGUGGUGUCUCAUUUAGAUGCAUGGUGAUGUUGAAUCUCACACUUCAAUGAAUCGCAUUUAAUAGCCUUCUCAAAGUCUUGGAGUUCAGAAAUCUUGUGCCAUCAUUUGCAUCUAAUGCUGCAGGAUCUUUCUUUAGGCUCUCUUGUUUUCUUGCAGCAUUCUGUAGCAAUUAUAGGAGAGACAGGGGGGAUUGGGAAACAGAUAGUCUUUGCUUUAGCUUUGCUGUCUCUUGCAUUCGAUAGUCAUGCGACAUAGUCAUGAUUAACAUUGACUUGGGUGAAGCCACAUCUUAUGGGUUGCAUGAAGAUUUAGACUCGGUGUGUUCUACGUUUGGUUUUGCCUACCCUGUUUCUGCACCCGGGCAUUCAAGCCCAAUGUACAAUUUGGAUAUACCGUGAAAAUAAUUGAGGAGUAGGACUACGACUGAAGUCUCCCAUCUUUUCUUAAUUGAAGCUACCCCAAAGGCCAUUAUGCGGACAAUGAACGUUAAAGGGUUGACUCUCUUCCAUUUGAAGAGUCACCUCCAGAAAUACAGACUGGGCAAGCAAUCAGGGAAAGAUGGGGCGGAUGCACCCAAAGAUGGAUUGUCAGGUUCUUACCUUUUAGAAAAUCCUGGUAGUGGUAAUUCUUCCCCGAGCUUACCAUCAUCUGAUCUGAAUGAAAUAAUGGGCUUUCGCAGAAAUCACGAAGUCAAAGAGGCAUUAAGAGCACAAAUGGAAAUGCAAAGCAAAUUACAUCUUCAAGUUGAGGCUGAGAAGCACUUGCAAAUACGCCAGGAUGCGGAGAGAAGAUACAUGGCAAUGCUUGAGAGGGCUUGCAAGAUGCUCGCAGACCAAUUCAUUGGGAGCACAAUCAUUGAUACUGAAAACCAAAGAUGCCAGGCAUAUGGGGUUAAGAUGCCAAGAAACCUGUCCAUUGAUCCAUUUGGCUUUUACUCGCAUGAGGUGACUGCAGUACAUGGCACGGAGGAUGAAGUUCCACCGAGCCUCCAUUCACAGCGGGGCGAUUGCUCUACUGAAAGCUGCUUGACCUCGCAUGAGAGUCCCAGAAUUUUGGCUCUUGAAGAAUCUCCAGCUGGAGGAAAGAAACGACCGAUGGGCAUCGACUCAACGAGCGCACCUCUUAUUUGGAGUGAAGCUAAGUUGAAGAUCCAGGAUGUCGCAGUGCCCCAGGUAAGCCCUCAUGGACUUGCUGGCUUUGGGAUGUAGGGCUGAAUAUUCUGUAUUCAAUUAAUCUGGCUAAUUGGCCUAGCUCCUAGCCCGCCCUGCAAUUUCAAGUGUAAAAAAAACGCGGGUUCUCUUAUUGUCCUCUUUCUCAUUGGCAGAAACAGUUGAAACGACUGCCUGAAAAACCUGUAAAUUAUUGACGCUCGGAAUGCCUAGACUCUUUAGUUUUCGA